UGGCAACUGCAUGGAAUCGUCAACACCUUGUUUUCUAUCAGAAAUAAUCUUCUCUUCUGUUGCUUGAGCCUACAUUUUAGAAUUGGGAACCGAACAUUUGAGGAAAUUUCAAAAUGGCGAAACAAGACGCUGGUUUUGUAGUUUUGACGCUGACACUGUGUAUGGGGAUGGUUAUUUUAGCCUUUGGGUACCAAUGUAAUCCACUCCGAAAAACCCUUUACGUCGCGGAAAAUCGCUCUCUGCGUGGGUUUACCUAUGCACACAGAUCUGUUCGCUCUAUUGUCAUCUGCGGACGAGAUUGCAGCUUGGAUGAACGAUGCAAGUCAUUUAACUUCAAUGGCUGUGACAAAAUGUGCGAGUUGAACCUUGCUACCAGACGAGAGCAUCCUGGAAACUUCAGCGCAAUCCAAGGAAGUGUGUACUUGGAUGACGAUGCAGACACGCCUCGAUACUCACUGAAUGGCACUAGUGACUGCAUGGUCUUAGAUCAUGAUAUUACUAACUGCCAAGAGUGGUUAGACGCAGGGUACAAUACCAGCGACGUAUACACCAUCUACCCAAUGCAGUAUCAAAAUGGCUUGCAGGUCUACUGUGAUAUGAAGAAGGAUGAAUCACGUUGGAUGGGCCUACAGGGAGGUUGGAUUGUGUUUCAGAGGCGUCAGGACGGGUCGGUGAAUUUCACCCGUAGCUGGGCCGAGUACCGUGAUGGAUUCGGUAAUCUGACAGGGGAGUUCUGGCUGGGUAACGAGUAUCUUCGUCAGCUCACCGGGGAAGGCAGAUGGGAGCUGCUGGUGGAGCUGCUUGCACGUAGGCCGGACACGUCAUUGGUGAGAUACCUGGCGUGGUACCGGACAUUCAACAUCACUGGUGAACAAUACACCCUGCACGUUGGUGAUUACACUAACAGUCUAUACCUGUCUGUAUGUGAUGUCGCGGACUGCCGAGUAGCUGGUACGUAAAAUUACAAGCGAAUUAUUGUCAGUUGUGAAUGAAGGUUAAUAUACUUUUCGACGGGAAGUUUUGAUAGAUGUUCUAAGUCUGUGCGGAUUAAUGACAACUAUUCUCUCUCUAUUCCUACUUGGCCAACACAUCCAUUGUAUUUACAUGAACCUUUAACGAUUCUUUUUUAUAAAGUUGGAUCCAUUUUUUUAUGUACCUUUACAUACGACCGAUAAUUUUGUAAGUACCUAACGCAUUUAUGACUUUCCAAAAUUUGCAUUAAGGCCAGCCAAACAAAUAAAGUCACGAGCAGUUUGAAAUUAAUGGCAAUACCCCUAGUUAAAAUUGAACAGCUCAGCUUCACACGGACAGGCAAAUGU